UCCGGCGGUGGCGGCGGCGGCGGCGGCUGCAGCUCGCGGCGCGGCCUUCCCCGCCCCCUCGCCUCGGCGCUUCCGCCGACCCCUCUCCCCCGGGCGGCUGACAGACCGGCCGCGGCUCCGAGGCGCGCGUCGGCAGCGAGCAUGGGCGACAAGAAGAGCCCGACCAGGCCGAAGCGGCAGCCGAAGCCCUCCUCGGAUGAGGGCUACUGGGACUGCAGCGUCUGCACCUUCCGGAACAGCGCCGAGGCCUUCAAGUGCAUGAUGUGCGAUGUGCGGAAGGGCACCUCCACCCGAUCCACAUUCUUUGAAGCUCUUGUGAGUGGCUCGAGGACCAAGGGACCGUUGCAUCCCAUUUCAGGAAGGAAACCUCGACCUGUCUCCCAGCUGGUCGCACAGCAGGUUACUCAGCAGUUUGUGCCCCCUACCCAGUCAAAGAAAGAGAAGAAAGAUAAAGUAGAAAAAGAAAAAAGUGAGAAGGAAGCAACUAGCAAAAAGAACUGUCAUAAAAAAACCAGACCAAGAUUAAAAAAUGUGGAUCGGAGUAGUGCUCAGCAUUUGGAAGUCACUGUUGGAGAUCUAACAGUCAUUAUUACAGACUUUAAGGAGAAAGCAAAGUCAGCGCCAGCAUCCAGUGCUGCUGCUGGGGAUCAGCACAGCCAGAGCAGCUGCAGCUCCGACAACACUGAGCGGGGCGUGUCCAGGUCCUCCUCUCCUCGAGGAGAAGCCUCAUCCCUGAAUGGAGAGUCUCACUAAGCAUUCUUGCUCCACUUAGUCACGCCUGUCCUCCCAUGGAAAUACAGAUUAUGCCAAGAACUACCACAUUUUCAUGACAGACACAUUCAUGCAUAACCUAUAAUUUGAGUUUUACAUGAAAUAUGAAUUUGCCAGGACUUAUUAGAUUUUAUUGCAGUGUAAGCUACCAAAUGUUUGCAGACUUAACAUUUUGGUCUCUGGUGUUAAAUGCCAUGAAAAUGUGGUUGAAUUAUUCAUUAUGCAGUGUUAUUGGUAAGUCUAUUUUCACUUAUAAUUUAGUGAAUUCUAACACAUAAUUAUUGAAUUCUCUACUAUCGGCAUGUAAUGAGUUUAAAUUUUUUAUUACAUAGUGCAAGCUGCCUAAAUAUGUAUUAUUUGAGAAUUGUGAAACAAAUAGUUAUAUGUAUGCAAGUCAGAGAUCAACUUAAUCAACUAUUGCUGCAACAGGAUUUUCUUAAUGGUUAUCCUCUUAAUGCACCUGCUGGUACUUGGUGUGGUUAAAUAGGAAAGUUGUUAUUAAAUAAAGAAUUUGUAUGAACCUUU